AAAAAAAAGAAAAAAAAAAAAAACAGACAAAGGACGCAGAUAAAAAAGGAAGAAGAAGAGAAAAGGAAAUACAAUCAAAAUGUCCAUCACAAUCGACACCAGCGUCGACAUCGACCUCCCCACCCCACCCCAACCAAACGGCACUCAGAAGCGCAACCUCAUCCUCGCCCCGCCUUCCAUCGCUGCCCACGAAGAGAAACUCCAUCAUGUCUUCUCGACCUUCGAUCGCUCCUCCACCGAUUUGCAGAUGCUCGAUCGGCUAUCUGCCGGCUUUGUCGCCCUCACUCCCAACACAUAUGAUCUUGUGCUCGUUUUGACGGAUGCGCAGUCGGAUGAGACUGUCCGGUUGUUGACGCGGGAUGUUUAUACGGCGUUGGUGCCGGCCAUGAAGGACGGCGCCAGGCUGCAGUUGCAGGAGGGAAGUUUGGCGGGCGGCGAGACGUUGGAGGCGAUUCUUGCUGGGUUGAUAGAGAAGGACGGCGGAUUCGAGAAGCCGGUACAGGAAGCUGCUGUGCCCUUGAGACUGGGAGGAAAGAAGAAGAAGGGUAAGACAAACGGGGUGCAGAACGGAGUUCAGAAUGGCGUGGCUACAAACGGAGCCAGCGCGAACGGAGUGGGAAUGUAUAACCCGGCCGAGGAUCAAGAUGCGGAUGAAUUGAUUGAUGAAGAUGCGUUGCUUUCAGAGGAGGAUUUGAAGAGACCUCUUCCUCGACCCCAAAACUGCCAACCAGAGACCGCCAAGAAGCGCCGGCGUCCUUGCAAGGAUUGCACUUGCGGACUGGCCAGUCAACUCGAGGAGGAAGACCGCGCACGUGAAGCAAAGGCCACCCAAGAUCUGAACAUUCUCAAGCUGAACACAGACGACCUGAACGAUGAGUUAGACUUCACCGUGCAAGGGAAGACGAGCUCGUGCAACAGUUGCUCGCUCGGCGAUGCCUUCCGUUGCUCCAGCUGUCCGUACAUUGGACUGCCGCCUUUCAAGCCUGGCGAGGAAAUCAAGAUUAUGAACGAUAUGGUACAGCUGUGAAGGUCUUUCUUUUGUUGGUCUUUUUUUUUUUCGGGUCUUACUUAUUAUCCCCUAAAAGGUGUUUUGCGUUUUGAUAGAGCUUUCGGUAGGGUUUCGUGAGUGGAUAUCACUGGUCUCGUUAGUUUUUAUAUAAAACCUUUUCAAUUUUCAAUAUAGCGGAAUUGUCUCAUAAUAUUCAUCCCGUAGUAUUCAGAGGUGCAUGUAAACAAAUUGAUCUACUGGAUUAUUUGAACUUAUUGGUUACAGCUUAGUUUUUAGCAUGAGCC